AUUAUUUUUGUUUGAAAUGACGAAGAAUGGAAGAUUUAACCCAGAGGUUGGAAUGUAUUUCCUUAUUUGGUCGUCUCAAUUUAAACACUGAAGACGAGCCAACAAAAUGUAGAAAGCAAUUUUCCGAAAUUUUAAAUUUUUCACCUGAAAAAAUUGAUCUGGAUUUUGUUCGGACUUUGGACCUGCCGACAGAGUGUUUAACCGAGCACGAGCAUGAGGUCUUUGCCAAAAUCGGAAGUUUAAAAAAUUUAGAAUUCUGUGUUUUAAAAGGUGGACGUCGCGGUAAAAACGGAAUUCAAAAAGGCGGACUCGUAAAAAUUCCGAAAAGUUUUGGGAAUUUGCGUUUUCUUUCGGAGCUAGACCUUAGUUUUAAUUCUUUCUCAAAUUUUCCUGCGAUUUUAUCGGAAAAUGCUGCGUUAAAGACACUGAACUUAGACCACAAUGUACUUCGAAAUCUAAAUGGAAUAUCUGGACUCAAAAAUCUCCAAGAAAUUACUGUAAGAUGUAAUAAACUGACAGAAAUUCCAGAGGAAAUUGCGAAACUUAAAAAAUUAAAAGCUGCAAAGUUUUCCUCAAAUUUUGUGAAAGUGUUACCUGACAAAAUUGCGAAUUUUAAAUUUUUGGAAGUUUUUGAUUUAUCUGGAAAUUUGUUGAAAGAAAUUCCUGUUUCGAUGUUUUCAAUGGAAACAUUAAAGAAAUUAAACCUCUGCCAUAAUGAAAUAGAGUUUUUCCCGACCUUUGGUGACCUUUCGACCUCUAUUGAACUCGUUGAUCUCCGUUUCAAUUUCAUUCCAAAGUUUCCUGAAAAAUAUUCCAAUGACCCUCGAUUUUAUACUAAAGGAAAUAUUCCCAAAGUUACAGACUUUGAAGAGAAACUGGACCCAAAUAACGAUUAUGAAAAUCUCCCAGAAGAAAUUAUGAAUUCCGAUUUUAACGUUUGGGAAAUCUCGCCUCGAACUGGAGCGUGCUUUCUGUUGCCCUCUGGUGUCAGAAUCAUUUUUCCGAGAGGUUUUUCUGAGGCUCCUACAGAGGUGUUUUGCUCCAUACUGGAUUCUGCAUCCACAGAUUUUAAAAUUCAUCCCAUGGAUCAAUUGUUAAGCGCUGUGUUAGAGCUUUCUCCGAGUGGAAUCUUGUUUAAAAAGCCACUACUAUUAACAAUCCCCUACAAAUAUGAAAGUUGCGACGAACAAAAGAGAGAAAUUAUUAUGAGAACAUCUUCGUAUACUGAUGGUGGUAAAUAUACGCAAGAAGAUUUAAGUUCAACUCUGAUUGAAGAAACUGCCGCGUCAUCACAAAAUAGUGAUGAGUCUGCAUUUUCCUGUCAGCGACGCGGCAAAGUUAAAGCGUUCGUCAAUCAUUUCUCAUUAUUUGCUGUCGUGGCAAGAAUUAUUGAAGAUACCGCCGUUAUUAAGCAGGAAUCGGGAAAACUUGUUUCAAGCGUUGAACCUUUCACUCAACUCGUGUUUCCUGAAAAUUCAGUCGACUCAAAUACAAGAGUUACCAUCAAGGUCUUAUCAGUACCACAAUCUAUUCUAUAUGACAUCACAAAGGAACGAACCUCAUACACUACGAGUAUUCUCCAAGUUAAGGUUUCACCAACGACCACAAUAUUCAACAAAGACAUUAAAGUUCAUUUGUCUUUACCUCAAAUGCUGAUGUGCCGUCAUUUUGACAAAUCCCAAUUCCGAUUAUUAAAGUGCCCCUGUAGCAGCACCGAGUGGCAAGAUGUGACGGACAACAUAGAAAUGACAUUUUCACAAACAGAUGUUAAGUUUAAUGUGAACUCGUUUUCGAAAUUUUGGUUGGUUUGGCGAAAUGUAUGUGGUGUUGCCAGAUUAGUUUAUCACCGACUACAUACAUGUAAGGUUCAGUUCAUUGCCAUGCAGAAAUCUUCUCAACCAACCUCAGUUUUUACACAGUGCGUUAAGUCACAGUAUACCCAACGUACAGUUGCAAAACUCAAACAGCGAGGCUACUUUGGGGACCCAGCGUGUACACAAGUAAAAGAAUUGACAGAAGGCGACCAGUUUAAAAUUAAGAUAAUUGGAGACAUUCGAUUGGACGCCCAUACUGACGCUUAUCGAAAACACCUUGAAGAAAAAGUUCUGAUUGGUCGAUUCCAUAAACAGUUUCAUCCCGAUGAGGACGGUUAUCAAAGUUUCCCGAUAUCGGCAAAGAAUCCCAAAGUCACCGAAGUGGUUCACGGACAUGCUACGUUUUAUCAAAUUAUUCACCCCGAUUGUGAAGAAUCGUUUUUGCCUUCGAAUCCACCUAUACAGCAAUCUUCAUUAAAACGAAGUCACAAUGAUAGUAAUGGUGAUGUCACUGAAGAGCAUUGUGAUGUCACAGAUGCUUCUAUUCAACAACAAUGGAAUUAUCUUGAUGGAGUUUUAUUGUCACUUGAGUGUAAAACACCCAUGAUGUUACAAGACGACAAAGAAAACAAAUUAAACUUUGGAGAUUUAGGUGAAGGAGUUUUUCGUGACAGUAACUUGUGGGGGUUCGCGGCACGAAUUGGUUCACAAUGGAUGGAAAUUGGAUAUGUACUUGGUUUAAGUACUAGCUUUAUGGACAUGUUAAAGAAAGACUAUCCAUUAAACUGUAAGGAACAAGCAUUUAGGAUGCUUCGUAAAUGGGCGCAAAUGCAUAUGAAUGAUCAAGACUGUAUUCAAGUGUUUACGAAAGCACUCACAAACGCUGGUAGAAAAGACCUUGCCGAUAGUUUUACUCAAAGUUUUAACGACGGCCAUAAUAAUUUUAAACUUUCGAUGAAGAGAAGAAAAUUAAUUGACAACUGAUUUCAAUUUUUAACUGCUUUGUUUUUUUUAAAUGUUGAAUAUAGUAGUGUGGGGGAAGACGGGACAGCUUUAGCACAUAAUAUCCAAAUAUCUUGAUCGUUGUUUUUAACAGGGAUCUAUGGAAGUCAUGAGGGUACGGUUUUAUAAUUCUUUAAAAGUUCUUUGUUUACUGCCAAAUGGGACAAGAAAAUUGAAUAAAAAGGUGUCUCAUCUUCCCCACCCCACUAUAUAUUUAUUGCUCUAAAUAUGUAAAGUAAAUUUAUUCUUAUUUCUGCAUUUGUUUUCUUUUUUUGUCAAUUUCAAUACAAACAUGACAACCCAUAUAUUAUGAUACGAUUUUCAGUUUAAACGUUUUAGUUUAAAAAACAAACCAUUUUCAGAAAUUAACAUCACAUCAAGAUUUUAACGUUUUUAAAAAAAUGAAAAUCCUGCAUAUAGGCUGCAUGUUUGUAUUUAAACUGACUGUGUUUUAUGCACCUAUUUUCUUUUUACAUUUGCUAUAAUUCUUCAUAUUAAUAAAUUAUCUAUAAAGUACAUCAUAAAG